ACCUAACGUAGCGGGAGACUCUAUUCGAGUAAUGCUGGGAUUUUCCUUGUUUUCUUCAAUUAAGUUGCCAUCUUGAAAGCCGACAUUAUCCGUGAUCACGCUGCUACUUUCCUCUCCGGUGCCUAUCGUGAAGAAAAGCACAUCAUGCCUCUCGCAACAGAUUUGCUACAUCCGUCGCUCGCCGAUGAAAAGCGAAAGCACAAACUAAAGAGAUUGGUGCAACAUCCGAACUCGUACUUUAUGGAUGUCAAAUGCCCAGGCUGUUACAAAAUAACAACAGUAUUCAGUCAUGCACAGACAGUAGUCAUAUGUACGGGCUGUUCUGCCAUCUUAUGCCAGCCAACUGGGGGUAAAGCAAGAUUAACAGAAGGAUGUUCGUUUAGGAGAAAACCUCACUAGCUUGUUAUCAUAAUGUUAAAAAUUCUGAUCAUUUUUUUUCUUUUUUUUAAGAUAACUUGUAAUAAUUUAAGUUAUGGGGUUUCUCCAUUUGUUUUGUAUUUUUUAAAAUAAAUGGAGGGCAGACUUCCUUUUUAAUUCUUCUUUCUUUUUCAAUUAUACUCAGUCCUUAAAAUAUUGAAUCCUUUAAAUUCGCUAUUAACUAAAUCAACGAAAAACAGUCUAUACCUAACUGGGAUGAGAGUAUUUUUAUAGAGCCUUGAUUCAAAGAUAUUCACUUUUCCUAAUAUCCUUUUUAUUUUUCUUUCUUUUUGUUUUAUUUUCUGUCAAAAUUUUGAUUCAUGUGAGAAAUUUGAAUAAAUAUUUCUUUUUUAAUUUUUCUGAGAACUAAUAUCAACAGCAAAAGCAGUUGGCCCAAAUUUUCUGUGAGGAGCUAUUUAAAUCUCAUACGCUUUCGUUUUAUAAACAAGAUGUUUUGCUAACUUGCGUUUUUGGGUUAAAGCUUCAUCAGUUUUCUCCAAAAUUCUCUCUUGAUGAAAAUCUAACUGAAGUUGGCAGAAAAGAACUGUGUCUACUUUUUUUAGAACAUUCUUGAUUUCGAUUCACCAUUUAAUUUUUGGAGCCGUUUAGUAGAAUAUCUUUGACAUCAAACCAUUCAUCAACAAA